GUCAGGAUAAUAUAAAAGUUUAAUUAAAUAUGCUACUGAGUAUUCUAGAGUGGUACACCCAAACUUAAAAGAGAUCAAUGCAGGCAUUAAGGAUGAAAAUUAUAUUUCCAUAUUUAAUUUGGACUCGUUUAGUGGUUGUCGACUAAUGUGAGAUAAACACUGGAGUAUUUCUUGUUUUCCAACAAAAGAUAUUAAAAGUUAAAACCAUUCAAUAAGUAAUCAGGCAGAAUGGGGGAUACCGCGGGGGAUAUAGAUAUAUCGGCCGGUGGCGGUCGAGCAAAGAUCGACAUUCUGAAGAUGUCGAGCCACACGGAGUUGCUGCACAGCUUCAUGAGAGUGGACUACGGAGAGGAAUCGGGAUCGGAGUCGGGAGAACCUACAAAAGGAAAGAAAGCCACCAAGAAGAAACCAGAGGGGGAGCCGCGAAGAGAUUUCGAGAGGCGAAGAGAGCGGGAGAGGCCGAGAAGUCCUGGAACUCCGCCUCCAGCGGGCCCGACUUCCUUCCAGCAGAUCAAGCGAGAGAUCAUAGCCAAGGCGAAGGCGGAUCGUCAGAAGCUCCUGAAGAGCAAGAAGAUAAAGGGCCAACGCCGGCAAGAGGAGAUAUAUACGGAUAAGGACCGAGCUGCAGCGGUCAACAUGGGCAGCAGGGACAUCAAACACUCGCUGAAGAUGAAGAGGAGGCAGGACCGCAGCAAGGCGUUACAGAUCCCUGAGGAGGCGGAGCCCAGUACUUUGCUGGCCCUGGGUAGUCAUGAACUGCGCUCGGGAGACGUAGACAUCGCUAUCGGCUUUGUCAACAAGGCGUUAGAAUUAUGUUCUACGGACAAGAACGCCCUGGUAGCUCGCAGCAAGUGCUACCUGCUGCUGGGGGAGCCCAACCUCGCACUCAAGGAUGCAGAGACAGCCCUUGCAGGAGAUAAGACCUUUGUCAAGGGUAUCCUCCAAAAGGCCGAGGCUCUCUACCACCUGGGUGACUUCGAGCAUGCACUCAUGUACUACCACCGCGGCCUGCGUAUCCGCCCGGAGAUGCAGGAGUUCCGGCUUGGCGUUCAGAAGUCCAAGGAGGCCAUAGAGAAUACUAUUGGCAACAAGGUGGGUUCACGACUGACAGUGCCAAUGUUCCUGGCCGAGCAGAGCAAAGCUGCGAACAGCAAGGGGUCGAGUGCGGGACCUGCAGGCCGUUCUGUGACCAGUGGUGUCACCUCGGAGCGAGGAAAGAGUGCCAUCAGGGUGGACGAAAUAGCGAAGAUCAGUUCAGGCAGCAAGAAGGCAGACAAACUGCUGCUGGGCGGACUCAACGUGGACAAGGAAUACUUCGAGGAGCUGCUGAAACACCCAGACAUAAAGUGCUUACACAAAGAAAUGGACAACAACCCGAUACAGCGCUAUGCCGAAGAAGGAGUCGCUUUUAUAAAGAACCGUCAGGAGUUCUGGCGACAGCAGAGGUUUGACACCUCAGGGGGCACGACCAAGCGGAGGCGGCCGUCCAAGAAAAGCAUCAAGUCUACUGAAUCAAACAAAUCCUCUUAGUGUACAAUAGAUAGAUAGUUGUUAAUUGUGUUAGGAAUUAGCACUGUCUUAAUACAUUAUCGCUAGAGCAGGCCGCACUACAAUAGUCUGAUGAUCUUUGAGGCGGUGUUGCCAUAUCGUUGAUAGUCUCCAGAUGUUCCGCCAUAUACCGUCACAUACCGUCGGCUUGACGUGUACUUUGCAAAAUAGAUUAUUGAAAUCAAAUCACGUAUAUUGUGUUAGUUUAUUGCAAAUAGUGUUGAGACCAAAGGCAAAAAGAGUAAUAUUCCAUAACUGUAAAUUUGGCAACAGUGUAGAACGAGAUUCAGAUGCACCGGACACCAUCAGAUACGAGUAAUUUUAGUUCGGACUGCUCUAACAGACUGGUUGUGAUCCUCCUUGACAUAGAGAUUAAAUUCCAUCUGACAUAGAGAUUAAAUUCCAUCUCAGGCUUUUUAGUACGCACACACUAUCGGACUAGAUUCGACAACACAUGGGUCUAAUCUAAAGUUUUACACAAAGGAGGCUAUUUAAUACCUCCACCCUUCACAACACAGUACAGUAGAAAAUAUAGUGAAGAUCAAAAAAUGCAAAUGCUAGUUUUCAUUAGAAAUAUAUUGUAUGUUUGUAAUCACUGCACCGAAGUAAAAAGUGAUUUUUUGUGAAAAUGUCCGUUCUAUAGUAGGCUACAACUGUCGUCUAUAUAAAUAUGAAUGUGGAUGUAAGCAUUGGGUAUAAAGCAUCAAAUUCAACCAGUUUUCGAUUUGCAGAAAUGAUUUUUUAGAACACUUUUAAAUUAAUAUGGCAUUGGUUAAAACAAACUAAAUUAUUUAAAACAGUUCUCUAGAGAUUGUGAUUAUGUUUGUAAUAUUAUACGAGCUCACGGCCCAAACGUAUUUCGCUAUACGUUCUUGUUCAAAAUAAAUAAAACAUUAAAAUUAUUUAAAACAGUUCUCUAGAGAUUGUGAUUAUGUUUGUAAUAUUAUACGAGCUCACGGCCCAAACGUAUUUCGCUAUACGUUCUUGUUCAAAAUAAAUAAAACAUUAAAAUUAUUUAAAACAGUUCUCUAGAGAUUGUGAUUAUGUUUGUAAUAUUAUACGAGCUCACGGCCCAAACGUAUUUCGCUAUACGUUCUUGUUCAAAAUAAAUAAAACAUUAAAAUUAUUUAAAACAGUUCUCUAGAGAUUGUGAUUAUGUUUGUAAUAUUAUACGAGCUCACGGCCCAAACGUAUUUCGCUAUACGUUCUUGUUCAAAAUAAAUAAAACAUUAAAAUUAUUUAAAACAGUUCUCUAGAGAUUGUGAUUAUGUUUGUAAUAUUAUACGAGCUCACGGCCCAAACGUAUUUCGCUAUACGUUCUUGUUCAAAAUAAAUAAAACAUUAAAAUUAUUUAAAACAGUUCUCUAGAGAUUGUGAUUAUGUUUGUAAUAUUAUACGAGCUCACGGCCCAAACGUAUUUCGCUAUACGUUCUUGUUCAAAAUAAAUAAAACAUUAAAAUUAUUUAAAACAGUUCUCUAGAGAUUGUGAUUAUGUUUGUAAUAUUAUACGAGCUCACGGCCCAAACGUAUUUCGCUAUACGUUCUUGUUCAAAAUAAAUAAAACAUUAAAAUUAUUUAAAACAGUUCUCUAGAGAUUGUGAUUAUGUUUGUAAUAUUAUACGAGCUCACGGCCCAAACGUAUUUCGCUAUACGUUCUUGUUCAAAAUAAAUAAAACAUUAAAAUUAUUUAAAACAGUUCUCUAGAGAUUGUGAUUAUGUUUGUAAUAUUAUACGAGCUCACGGCCCAAACGUAUUUCGCUAUACGUUCUUGUUCAAAAUAAAUAAAACA